AUGGCAACAAACGCCUCGGAGGUAGAUGCCAACCUCAAACGACGAGUUCUACCGCGGGGAUUGCAGAAACUCAUCGAACAAUGUCUAAAAAUAUAUCCCGACCAAACAAAUCCCUUGCAGGUGACGACCGUUCUCAAAUACUGGCUCGGGGGUCAGGAUCCGCUCGAUUAUAUUAGCAUGUAUUACAAUCCGGGCGAUCCGGAGCAAAACAUCCCGCCACACUGGCACUACGUGAGCUUCGGAUUAUCCGACUUACACGGGGAUGGUCGUGUACACCUAGCGGACACAUCCGGCGGACUGGAACCACGAUCCGGCAUGGGGUUCGAGCUAACGUUCCGGUUGGUGAAAUCCCCCGAGGCACCCGCGAACGAGCGUCCUCCAACGUGGCCGGCAAAUUUGUUACAAUCGUUGGCGAAGUACGUCUUCCAGUCUGGGAACCGGCUCUGCUCGGGUGAUAACAUUCCUUGGCGGCGAUCGCUGGACAGCAGCAAGAAUCCCGCGAGUCCCAGCACCGCCAUUCAGCACAUGUUGAUAGCGGACGAUCCGCAGCUGCCGCGUACGGAGACCCCAUUCGGAUGGGUCGAUUUCUUACAGAUCGUUGGAGUAACGGGAGAGGAACUCGAACAAGCAUCGCGCUGGAACGGCAAAGGUGUGCUUAAUCUGCUGCGUAAGGACCCGGCCACUGGAGGGCCGUGGUUGCUCACGGACAUGUCUCGAUCGGGCAGCGUUUUCGAGCAAUUCCCGGAAACACUUCGCCAGCUCGAACUGGACCUGGAGAAGGAAGGCUCGGACUUGGCUGGCGUAAAUGCCGAUUUCACCUUCAAGGAGCUUGCCAAGGGAGCACUCGCGGCGGAAGUCAAACGGGAGGUGCUCGAUCCGGAGGAAGAUCUCACUCGCUCCAUCUCUUCCUGCAAUAUUGCGGUGAAGCAGGAACCUUCCGAACCGGCCCUCGAGCUCUCUACGGGUUCAGGGUCCUCGGACAUGGUCAACCCGUUCGAUAAUCCUAACAUACCGUCGCGUGUCUUCCCCCUUACGGGCAUCGAGCUGACAUUGGCACCGUAUGCGGCCAAAUUUCUUAUGCUCGCUGUGCGAGACCGGAUUCGACAUGGACGUCACUUUACUUUCAAGGCGCAGCAUAUGGCCGUCACGUUCGUGGCCGAAUCAGUCACUGGGUCAAUCGUAAACCGCCAGACGCCGUACGCGGUAUUGGGCAGCUGGGUGCAGAUUCUCAUCCCGAACCGACUGGUACCGCGUAUGGUGGACAGCUUCACCGAACUGGGGACACGAAGUGCGGACAGUCUCGCGAUACCCCUCCGGUACGAGUGGCCCGAGCACAACCUCAAGUUUAUCAUCGACAAUCCGCCACCGGAGCUACUAAACCAGCAAGGACCCAUAUUGGCGUGAGCCGAAUCCUU